AUGCACUACUUCAUCACACUUGCUUCAUUUGUGUCGGCUGUGCUUGCUACGGCUCGAACAACUGCUCCAUCAGGUGCAAUUACAGUUGGUAGCGGUGGCACCUAUUCAACAAUUCAAGCUGCUAUUGAUUCUUUAAGCACGACAUCUACCACUGCCCAGAGCCUUUUCAUCCUGUCCGGAACAUACACUGAGCAAGUCAUAAUCCCUUCACGAGCUGCAGCUCUCACCAUCUAUGGCUACACCACGGAUACGUCAUCCUACGCAAGCAAUGUUGUAAAUAUCGAGCACAGUUCGAGUCUUGCGAGCGGUGCUGCGGACGACGAGGCCAGUGGCACUGUCCAAAACUCAGCAGCCAACACCAAGUUCUACAAUGUCAACAUUAAGAACACCUACGGGUCUGGAUCUCAAGCAAUCGCACUAGCUGCCUACGGUACUGAGCAAGGUUACUACGGAGUUGGAUUGUAUGGAUACCAGGAUACCCUCCUUGCCCAAAUCGGGAACCAGGUCUACGCCAAGUGCUACAUCGAGGGCGCAGUCGACUUCAUUUUCGGCCAGCACGCAAGAGCCUGGAUUGAUGGUUCCGACAUCAGAUCAUCUGCUCCCGGAGCAAUUACCGCAAAUGGACGUGCUUCAUCCACCGAUGUUUCUUACUAUGUAAUCAACAAGUCUACUGUAGCAGGAACCACUGGCACGGCUUCUGGGACCGGGUCUAUCUAUCUCGGCAGACCUUGGAGCGAGUAUGCCAGGGUUGUCUUCCAGAACACGGCUCUUGGAGCUGUCGUCAACAGUGCUGGUUGGGAAGUAUGGAGCUCCACCACGUCGAAUACUGAGGAUGUGACCUUCCAAGAAUACGGCAACACUGGAACUGGCGCUUCAGGAACCAGAGCUAGCUUUUCUUCCGAGCUCAGUGCUGCAGUCUCCAUCUCGACUAUUCUGGGAAGCACCUAUACUGGGUGGGUUGACACGACUUAUCUUUCUUAG